GCAUUACGUCGAAUUACGGAGUUCCCAAACGAACACAUUGCUACGACGAACCCCGGCAGUAGAUGGACGAACAAUCAGCCCAUAUCGUAAGAUUGCAUGUAGAAAUUAGGUAGCAGAGAAUAUUACAAGUUUUCCAUUUAGCUGAUGUUUAUUCGUGCAUAGCAUGGAUGUCCUUAAAGCAGGAAAAAAAUCGACUCAAAAUCUUUUCUAAGAAAUUUUUAUAUCUGUUUGAAGGGAAAAAAUUCUUGUCCAAACUCGGUUCAGCCAGACCUAAAUCAAUCACAUGAUAAUACACUUGUCAUGUAAUUGAUGUACAAUUUAAAAAAAGUGAUAGAUUGGUUGGCCGAACCCAAGUCCGAGUAAGAAUUUUCCUGUUUCAAGAUUAGUGGGAGCUAUUUAUUCGGCCAAGAUCUGAUUCGUGAUAUGGAAUUUCGCAAAGUCAGGGAAUCACUCUGACAAAAACCCACAAAUAAGCACCAUUAUCAAAACUAACAUCAAUCACAUCAUCUCAUGAUAUCCUAUUCCUAAACAUCAGCACCCAUAUAACAACUCCUCCCAACAACAUGGAACCCCACGCAGUUCAGCCACCAACAACAAGGUAUGCGGUGGUUACCGGAGGGAACAAGGGGAUCGGUCUAGAGACCGUCCGGCAACUGGCCAAAGCGGGCGUCACGGUGAUCUUGACAGCCAGAGACGAGAAGAGGGGAAUGGAAGCCACGAGAUUGCUGCAUGAAUCAGGUCCGACGUCGAAUGUGGUAUUCCAUCAGCUUGAUGUCCGGGAUGCAAAAAGCAUACAGUCCCUCGUAAACUUCAUCGGAAUACAGUUUGGAAGACUUGAUAUUUUGGUAAACAAUGCUGGAGUUACCGGAGUAGAAGUUGAUGGAGAUGCCUUAAGGGCUAAAAAUAUCGACCCUGAAAUAUGGCUAGCAGGCAAGGCAGUGAACUUGAUUCAAGAUGUUGUGAAAAUAACGUAUGACACGGCAAAAGAUUGCUUAGAUACCAAUUACUAUGGACUCAAGAACUUAACCGAAGCACUUCUUCCGUUGCUGCAACGCUCCACCUCAGGAGCGAGGGUCGUUAACGUUUCUUCCCUGAGAGGCGAAUUACGUCGUGUCCCUAACGAGCAAAUAAGGAAAGAACUUGGGGAUGUGGAGACUCUGACAGAAGAUAAAAUUGACAGGAUACUGCAGAAAUUUCUGCAUGAUUUGCAACAGGAUGCGCUAGAAGUGAAUGGAUGGCAAAUGAUGCUACCGCCUUACAGCAUAUCGAAGGCCACACUCAAUGCGUAUACUAGACUUCUGGCGAAGAAGUAUCCCAACAUGUGUAUAAAUUGUGUGCACCCCGGAUAUGUGAACACGGAUAUCAAUUGGCGUACUGGCACGAUGAUGGCGGAAGAGGGAGCUCAAGGGUCUGUCGUGUUGGCUCUGCUGCCUGAGGGAGGACCUACAGGCCGCUAUUUUGACCGCACACAAGUGGCUGAGUUUUGAUUGCUCUGUUCUCAUCUGAUGAAAUUUUGAGAUGGAUCAAUAUUGUUGUCUACAUGCUGAAUGUUGAUUUGCAUUUCUUUUUUGCAAUUUCAAGUUAAGAGAGCCUCUUUUUGCUACAUUCCUAAGUAAGAAAAGCAUUGUGGUUUUCAUGGGUUGUGUUGUUAGCAAGAACAGUGUACUAAUAGCAGUUAACCUACUGAUGCUUGUGAGUGUCUGCUGAGA